AUGCCUUCGCCACGGCUCACAUUCAUGGAGCCAUUUACAGACAGAGGGGCUUACUCACCUCAGCAGGAUCUUCCACAAAAAUUAGCCAUCAUCCACUGCCUGGGACACCAGAAGGGGACUGACCCAGUCACAAAGGGGAACCAGAUGGCUGAUCUAACAGCAAAGCAAGCUGCCCAGGGAGUGGUAGUGCUGGCGGGAGAAACUGGAACCCGGCCAGAAACCCCACAAGCCAGCUUCAUCCAUCCCAGCUUCAUCUAUCCCUAUAAAGAUUAUGAUUUAAUCAAAGAUAUGACCCGUGCAGGAAAAGCUCGGAUGCUCAGUUUCAGUGAACUGACAAAAACCAAAGAUGGAAGAAUCAUUCUGCCCUCUAAAGAAGGACAAGACUAUGUGAGACGAAUACACCAGCUGACUCAUCUUGGAAACGAAAAACUUAAGCAAUUAAUCAAAGGUUCUAAAUAUUAUGUUCUAGGAUUAAAUGCAAUAAUAAAAGAGGUAAUAGAGUCAUGUCAAGCCUGCACCUUGACCAAUGCUGCCCGAUCGUUCAAAGAACCCGGAAAAAGAAUGAGGGGAGAUCGGCCGGGAAUUUAUUGGGAGGUAGACUUCACUGAAAUUAAGCCAGGAAAAUAUGGUAAUAAGUACCUUCUAGUUUUUAUAGACACUUUUUCAGGAUGGGUGGAAGCCUUUCCCAUGAAGUCUGAAACUGCUCAAAUGGUAACCAAGAAGAUACUGGAAGAAAUCCUGCCCAGGUUUGGGAUCCCCAAGGCCUUAGAAGUUGUCAAAACACAGAUCUGGGAUCAGAUCAAAGAAGCCUACACUCCAGGGACCACCGAGGUGCCCCACCGAUUCCAGGUCGGAGACUCAGUCUUGGUCAGACGACUUCGUGCUGGCACGCUUGAGCCUCGGUGGAAAGGACCCUAUCUAGUGCUGCUGACUACCCCCAUGGCAGUAAAGGUAGACGGGAUUGCUGCCUGGAUCCACGCUUCCCACAUAAAAAAGGCACCCAGUCAAAAUGAAAACAACCGCGAAAAUAAUUGGACAGUGGCAGCCAGUGACAAUCCUCUUAAGUUGCACCUUCGCGGGGAAUAA